AUGGUGACACGUACAGCCGCUGAGGAUGAACUGGGUCGGGGGUUCAAGGAGUUCUUCGAAAGGAGAAAAAUGCAGAAGAAGCUAAUAAAGUCAGGGAAAGCUCUGCCAUCAUCCCCUGGAGACACCACCGCUGGUUCAGACAGCAUUGACCUGGUCACUCUGUUCAUUGUCAACCAGAUUGCUGCUAAAAAGCAAAUUAAAGAUCUUCCCAAAGUUGCAGUCCUCGGCAGCGGCAGGAUAGGAUCAAGAAAGCAUAAUAAUCCCCUGGUUCUCCCGAUGAGCCCCUGCUCUCCAUCACAGCUCAUUCUGGUCGAGAGCCAGUCACAGUGCAGUGUUCAAGGAACAAGACAGAAAAGUCAUGCUGUUCCACAAGGCUUCAACUGUCGGCAGUUGUCACCAGUGCUAGAGUCAGCUUUCUCAGACAACAGUGCGUCUGACUACCGGCAGACCGUGAACAACCCCCUCAGCCCCUUCUCCUCCACUUCAAAAGCCUCUUCAGCCCAAGGAAUGUUCCCGCUGAAGCUGAACCUUCGGCAGAGAGGUCAGACACAGACACAGACACCUCCACCCUGGGACACUUCAGGCCUGGAGCAGAUCAAGUUCCAGCCUUUCUCCCACCCCAGAGGUAUGAUGGACAACAUGCCCUGGUCCUGUGGAUCAAACCCUCCCCUCUACCAACUGGAGACACCAACAGUUGAGCAAGUCCUGUUUGGAAGUCCAGAACCAGACGUCACAGAGGCAAGACACGAGGUCAACUUCUCCCUCAAUAACCAACCAGAGGACAAGGAUCCCAUGAUGGACUUCAUACUGAACCAGUCAGAGUGCGAGCAGCAGUUUGAGGAGGACCUCUUCAGGGGCUUCGUUAAUGAAGACAAUGAAAAAGAAGCUUUUCAUAUUGGGAGCUUAAAAUCAAAGAUCUACCUAAAAAAUGAAACACCAGUCAAAUCCUCAGCACCACAAACUGUACCAGAAUCACAGUGCAUGGGAAUGGAGCUCUCAAACUCUGAUGUCACAAACUUUUCAUGUCCUGCACACAGUGGCUCCAUGAAUGACUGUGGAUAUUUAGCAAGUUUCGCUUCUUCAGGAUGUUACCUCAGUUCAGACUCUACUGACGACGAAGAUUACUGCCCACCAUGUCUCCAGCCUUCUGCUUCUUCAUAUGUGGAACAAGCCUGUUGUGUAGACACCUCAAACCAGGGCUCACAGGUUAGACCGAAACAAGGUCACUCCCAGCCCCAGCCUCUUACUCCCCGCAUAAAUCCCCAAACAAACAUCAGAGUUGACGAAAAAGUUCAACCUCUGAACCAAGAGGUUUGCAAGUGCCAAAAACCAUCUGGCGGAACUCGAGAUGCAGGAACUCAAACUGUCGCCAUCCCCACUGCCGAGAUGUGCGACACCUCCACUCAGUACAUCUUCACUGCAGACGGUGCGUCCAGACAGCCUGUGUUCAGCGUGCACCUUCCACCUGUCGGCCUGUCGAUGCAACAUGCAGCCACAGGGAGGCAGACUGACAACGCUGCUCAGCCGAACACACUCUCAGCUUCAACAGGGAAUGGAGGGAAGAAUACGCCCUGGAGCAAGAAGAAACCCGAGGCUGAUUCUCCACCAGGCAACAAUGGGAAAAUAUUCCUGAAGCUACCCAUCAACUGCUAUCCAGAUUUUGCGAACGCAACUGAUGCCAGAGGUGAGGAGAGUGAAGAGGACAGCGAUGAGAGGGAGCGACACGAAACGGACCAUGUGAUGAUGACAGACCUCUCGGAGAGUGCGAGGGAGCUCCUCAGGAAAUAGCAGAUAUUUUGGCCCUGCUUAACGAGAGGAAGACUUAGGAGAGGUGACGCAGCUGAACAAAAAGAAGCUGGAUGGAAGGAGGCAAGAAUUGAAAAAUAUGCCCGUUCUGUGCAUUUGUUUUUUAGAUUUCAAAGUAUUGUUCAAAAUUAGUUUUAAGGUGUAAAACCACAUAGAGUAUUCAGUGUUUGUUCACAAAGACAGUGAAAUAAAGCCCUGAAAAGCC